AGUCUCGCGAGAUGAGAGUUGUGACGUUGGGUUUAGCUGUCCGGCUGGAGUCAAGGAGCUAGACUUUUAAACAGCGAUCCGGGACUGUGGGCUGUGUCAAGGAAAUCGGGACUGUCCCAGGCAAAGCGGGCCAUUUGGGCGGUAUGAUAGGCAUUUGUAUGGUUCAACAUAAGCGCUGAAGACCACUGAGCUGACCUGUUCGUGGAUAUAUGGGAUACCUUGGAUACUGGGGGGAUUUUGAGCUGGGUCAUGCUGGGGAGCAGACCUGGGUUUUACUACCCCCAAUUACGCUUUCAUGUUGAGUUCUCUGCAUAGUCUCUUGUAAUGUAAGGGGCGAGCUAUCUUUUGUACAAGAACAUCGAACCGCACGGAUUGGGAGAAAACGUCCAUUUCUCCUGUAUUUUUUAUUUCCUCCUCCUUGUCCCAUAUAUCCUGAUAGCCCGGUCAGUUGCUUCCCACUCCCCAGCCCCAGCGGGAUGUUUUCCCGAAGAAGUCAUGGAGACCUCAAGAAAUCUACACAGAAAGUUCUGGACCCAAAGAAGGACGUACCCACCCGGCUGAAGCACCUGCGGGCUGUGCUGGAUAAUCAGGAGUCGAGUGAACUGAAGCAGUUUUUUGAAGCUCAUUAUUCUCACAUUUAUUUUAUCUUCUAUGAAAAUUUCAUUACACUGGAAAGUAGCUUAAAGCUAAAAGGGAAUAAAUCACAAAGGGAGGAGCUGGACUCUAUUCUCUUUCUUUUUGAAAAAAUUCUACAACUACUACCUGAAAGGAUAUUUUAUCGCUGGCAGUAUCACAGUAUAGGAUCAGUUUUAAAAAAGCUUUUACACACUGGAAACUCUAUAAAGAUACGAUGUGAAGGAAUGCGACUUUUUCUCCUUUGGCUUCAAGCACUGCAGACCAACUGUGGAGAGGAGCAAGUACUAAUAUUUGCAUGCCUUGUGCCCGGCUUUCCUGCUGUAAUGUCAUCAUGGGGUCCCUGCACACUGGACAAACUUAUAAACCCUAAUUACAGUUUACCAGAUGGUAAAAUUCUUCCAGAGGAGAUAACACCACUAUUGCCCGCUGUGUCUGGUGAAAAAAAUCCAGAAGACCAGAGCUGCUUUUUCUUAGAAAUGCUGUUAAAAUAUAUGGUACAUCAGGCUGCAAGCUUAUCAUGGAGAAACAAAGAAAACCAGGACACAGGCUUCAAGUUUCUUUUUAACAUGUUUAGAAAGUAUUAUCUGCACCACUUGUUUCCAUCCUUUACUAAACUAACCAACCUUUACAAGCCCGUACUUGAUAUUCCUGAUGUAAGACCAAAGCCAGUGUAUGUCACUUUAACCCGGAACAAUGAAAACAUUUAUAGCACAAAAAUCCAGCACAUGGCAGCUAGAGUUCUGUUUAUAAAGUGGCUUGUCACGUUCUUUCUGGAAAAGAAAUAUGUAGUAUCUUGUCAGAGCACCAAAAAUGGGGGAGGAGAUGUUUUACCCAAGCUAAUUCAGUCUGUGUCUGUGGCAAACGUCAACCAAGAAAAAAAUCCUGAACUGGAGAGCAACAGUGUCCUAGCUGAGCAAGAAAAAAACCACUCAAACAGCAGUACCUUGUCAGAUAGAAGGGCGAGCAACUCCAGCCUGUGCAGUAUUGAGGAGGAUCAGAAAAGCGUAUACGAGAUGGUGCAGAGAAUCCUGCUCUCUACACGGGGCUAUGUAAAUUUUAUCAAUGAGGUGUUUAGGCAGGCAUUUCUCCUGCCUGCCUGUGAUGUAUCUGCCACCAAGAAGGUUGUUAAAGUAUACAGAAAAUGGAUCCUGCAAGACAAGCCCGUAUUUAUGGGAGAGCCUACUAAGCCAUCUAGUGCCCACGAGAAUUUUCCAGUUAUGGAGUCUGCUGUUAUAGAGACAGACAGUAAACAGGUCUCUGAGCAAAGUGGGCACAAACGUUCUUCUAGCUGGGGAAGGACAUAUUCUUUUACCAGUGCUGUGAGCAGAGGCUGUGUGUGUGAAGAUGAGAACAUGGAUGUACAAGCAGGGGAUCAAGCUGCAUUACAGGUGUUCCUAACCAACUCAGCAAAUGUAUUUCUGUUGGAACCUUGUCCAGAGGUCCCCCUGCUCCUGGAGGAACAAGUUGAAACCUGCAAAUCUGUUCUAAGUAUUUACAGGCGCAUGAUCAUGGAUCUUGCUAUGGACAAGAAAACAUGGGAGCAAAUGCUGCAGAUAUUGCUGAGGAUAACAGAAGCCGUUGUUCAGAAACCAAAGGACAAUCUGAAGAAGGACCUCUUCUCUCAGGACUUGGCUGGUGUUCUAUUCCGGACUCUAAUUGUAGCGUGGAUCCGAGCCAAUCUGUGUGUUUACAUAUCUCGAGAUUUGUGGGAUGAACUGCUGAGCGUCCUGUCCUCACUCACUGACUGGGAAGAACUUAUUAAUGAGUGGUCGAAGAUCAUGGAUUCACUCACAGCAGUGCUGGCUAGGACAGUGUAUGGUUUAGAUAUGAGCAGCUUACCUCUGGACAAGCUCAGUGAGCAAAAGGAGAAGAAACAAAGAGGCAAAGGUGGCUUCCCGGAUCCUCAGAAAGGAGCUGCUGUUGGCAGAUCAUUUUCACUUAGUUGGAGGAGCAAUCCGGAUUCUCAUGAACCUAUGAGAUUUCGGAGUGCCACCACCUCAGGAGCACCUGGGGUGGAGAAAGCGAGAAACAUUGUGCGACAAAAAGCAUCAGCUAAGAGAAGCCAGUCUAUCAGCAACUGUGUGCAUCUCUAUGAGGCAUUGCCAGCAGCUAAAAGUGUCCCUCAUCUUCUUCACACUGUGAGCUCUCUCUUACCUGGUAUCUCUUCUACUUCUUGCUCUCAAAGGCUUUCAGAAGUUGAUGAGAUACAGCCUCAGGACAGAUCUGCAGGAUCUGAAUCUUGUUCUGGGAACUGUGAACAAGACGCACAGGAAUUAGCGCGCAGUAGCAGUACAUCUGACUUAGCAGAACCAUAUCCUGACCUAACUCAAGGUCAGAAAAUUGACUACUCUGUAAGUGAAAGUUCUACUGACUCUACAUUUGCCCAAGAAUCUACUGGAAGAGGGAAGAGCGAUAAUGAGGCCCCUACGAUAUUCGUAGAGAGGAGCAGUAGCCCUGUUGAACUAGAGUGGACUGCUGAUUCUCAAUCUUCAAAUGGAAGAGCUGCUUAUCAUGAGAAAGGGGAGAGUGUUAGCAGCGAUAUUGCUAAUGGGUACAUUAAGGAUGCAGAGAUUUAUCUGAUGCCCUGGCAGAGUAGUGAGGAAGAUCAUGAAGUGAAUACACCAACCGAUGUGGCUAUUGAUCAUGAUGCAAGACAGUGGCUUCAGCUUAGUCCAGCUGAUCCAACUCCGCUCACAGAUAGCAUUGAGUGUCUUGCUGGGGACUGCAGCAUAAUUGCUGGUGGGAACUUAACUGGAUGGCAUCCAGAUUCUGCAGCUGUCUUGUGGAGAAGAAUUUUGGGAAUUCUUGGCGAUGUGAAUACCAUCCAGUCUGCAAAAAUCCAUGCCAGAGUUUUUGGCUAUCUCUAUGACUUGUGGUAUAAACUGGCGAAGAUUAGAGACAAUCUGUCAAUCAGUCUGGACAAUCAGUCUUCUCCUGCACCACCUGUUUUGAUUCCACCUCUGCGGAUGUUUGCUUCAUGGUUAUUUAAGGCUACAACCUUGCCAAAUGAGUACAAGGAAGGCAAGCUGCAAGCAUACAAACUGAUUUGCAGUAUGAUGACCCGCCGACAAGAUGUGCUCCCAAAUUCAGAUUUUUUAGUUCAUUUUUAUCUCAUCAUGCACACUGGAUUAAAUAACCAGGAUCAGGACAUAUUGAAUGCAGUCAUAAGGCAUUGUCCAUCUCGUUUCUUCUUCCUGGGCCUACCUGGAUUUACCAUGCUCUUAGGGGACUUCAUCACGGCUGCUGCCCGGGUACUGAGUACAGACAUGCUGGAGGCUCCACGAUUGGAAGCUCAGACCAUCUUGGGGUCACUUGUUUGCUUUCCAAAUGUGUAUAAAGAUCUCCCAUUACUUGGGUCUUCAGCAGGGGAAACAGAUACCACCACAGAACAUAAAGAUAUUAAGAGCUAUUUAAUUGAUAAACUCCUGAAGAAUGCCAAAGAUGAGCCUGCGGAAAUAGCCAGGUGUAUUGCAAUCUGCUCUCUUGGCCUGUGGAUUUGUGAGGAACUUGUACAGAACACCAAUCAUCCUCAGAUUAAGGAUGCCAUUAAUGUCAUAGGAGUAACAUUAAAGUUUCCUAACAAAACAGUUGCUCAGAUGGCAUGUGAUGUCCUUCAGCUUUUGGUUUCCUACUGGCGUGAACUCCAGAAUACCGACUUACCUUUGUCAAGAAAAAUUACAGAGAUUCUUGUAGCUACUAUUUCAUUCCUUUUACCCAGCGCUGAAAAUUCAUCUGUGGAGAUGGAUAAAAAGCUCAUUGUGUCACUUCUGCUAUGCCUACUGGAUUGGUGCAUGGCUCUACCUCUUCACAUUUUGUUAGAGCCAAUAUCUACCUUUGCAAUUGAUGAAUCUCAUUCACCCAAAGCAUCUCUCCUUGACUACAUAUACAGGGUCCUGCACUGCUGCGUUUGUGGAUCCAAUACAUACACUCAGCAAAGUCAGUACAUUCUGAGUCUGGCAGACCUCUCCUCCAUGGACUACGACCCAUUUCUGCCUCUGGGGAAUGUGAAAAACUCAGAGCCACAACAGUUCUUUUCCUCUGUUGAACUGGGGGAUCUUCUUACUGUUGUAGAAGAGAAGAAAAGAAGAAACUUGGAGCUCAUACCUUUAACUGCACGUAUGGUCAUGACCCACCUUGUCAAUCAUUUGGGACAUUACCCUCUAAGUGGGGGCCCAGCAGUUUUACACAGCUUAAUCAAUGAGAAUCAAGACAACCCAUAUGCUGAAGCAUCUGAGCUUUCGAAUGAAGUGUUCAGAAGUCCUAAUCUGCAGCUAUGUGUAUUCAACGAUAGUGCACUUAUAUCUUAUUUGCAGAUCCCUGCAGAAAGCUCAGUUGGUCGGGACCCAUCAGGGGUUCCUGGUGAUGUCCGGAUUAUUGUCAGGGAUAUCUCAGGGAAGUAUUCUUGGGACUCUGGAAUAAUGUAUGGACCACUGGAAUGCCAUACUAUAUUCAAGAUGGAACAAAAAGUUCAAAAUGUUUCUCAGGAUCCGGUAGAGCCGUAUGAAUGUAAAACAGGGCUAACUGAUGGAGAAGGAGAGGAUUUGCUUGAUACACUCCUGGAAAAGCUCGGAACUGUAAGUCCAGAGUGCCUGCUUCAUCCAGACUCAAAGCUGAAUGAACCUUCCUCACCUCCUUAUGGCAUGAAUCGAGAACAAGAGGAGGAAAUCAUACAGGCAAUUAACAGGCAGAGUGAGCAUGAAGCACAGCAUGUACAAAUGUGCAACUCUGACCCCGGCGUGAAAGUUGCAUGCCAGGAAGAGCCAAGCACAACUCAACCACAAGCCCCAUUCUAUUUCUGUAGGCUUUUGCUAAAUGAUUUGGGGAUGAACUCCUGGGAGAGAAGGAAAAAUUUUCACCUUCUAAAGAAAAAUGCCAAGCUCUUGAGGGAACUAAAGAAUCUGGAUUCAAGACGGUGCCGUGAAACACACAAGAUUGCAGUGUUUUAUAUUGCUGAAGGACAAGAGGAUAAGCGUUCCAUUCUGUCAAACAGUGCUGGAAGCAAGGCCUAUGAAGAUUUUUUAGGAGGACUUGGAUGGGAGGUUGACCUUUCUACUCAUUGUGGAUUCAUGGGUGGUUUGCAGCGGAAUGGAAGUACUGGACAGACUGCUCCAUACUAUGCUACCUCUACAGUAGAAGUGAUUUUUCAUGUGUCUACGCGAAUUCUGUCAGAUUCUGAUGACUCGGUGACCAAAAAGCUCCGUCAUUUGGGGAAUGAUGAAGUGCAAAUUGUGUGGUCGGAACAUACGAGAAACUACAGGAAGGGUAUUAUACCCACUGACUUUGGAGAUGUUUUAAUUGUUAUCUACCCUAUGAAGAAUCAUAUGUUUUUUAUAGAGAUAAUGAAGAAACCACAGGUUCCGUUUUUUGGUCCACUUUUUGAUGGCGCAAUUGUAACAGAGAAGCUCUUGCCUACGCUUGUUUGUGCUACCUGUAUCAAUGCCAGCAGAGCUGUGAAGUCCCGUUUACCUCUGUACCAGAGCUUUUAUGAAGAAAGGGCUCUGUACCUAGAAGCAAUAAUCCAUAAUUUCAGAGAAGUGAUGACAUUUGAGGACUUUGCAGCUCAGGUGUUUUCUCCAUCACCCGCAUACUCGCCGGGAGGAUUGGGACUCCCGGCAAGUACAAGUGCAGAUCUGGCUGGAGCCGAGGCAGCAGAACCCUCCUCUCCAACACUGAGCCGUGCCACCAAGAGCAAAGUGUCAGGGAAGCUCCGCCGCUCUGCCAGCGCUAUCAGCAAAUCUUCCAAUUGAAGCACUUUUUAUAUGGAACUUUAUUCAAGAGAUGUUUUUAAAUGAAAAUAAAAUAAUUAAAAGUAAAAAAAAAAAAAAACAUAAAUUUUAAUAUGGUUGAGGUGUGCAAUGUUGUAGUUCAUGUCUAGCGGGGCAGGACCCCCUUGGGUGGGUGAGAGCAGAAGCCAUCCACUAGACACUAAGAUAUGAUGCAACUGCUGGGAUAGUAUUGACAGCCGGAAGGAAUUGGCUGCCGAAGCGUGGCACAGCAGCACUGACGGCGAGGGACCAGCGUGAAUCCACGUCGUGCACAAGAAUUACCUACAAGAUGUCUUAAACCGGACUCUGGCACCACUUUUUGUUGCCUCGCAUUUUCAUGGCUGCACUGUUAUCUGAUUUACAAUAUCAACACUGAAUAAUGGAUGAGAACGCUCUUUGGUCCUUCUAAAAACCCAGUGUGGCUUUGGUUCUCUAGGCCGAAAUAUAAAAAGCGGUUUGGGGAGCAUUCUGUAAUCAAUAUAUACCACCAAAUAUUGUACAUGUGAAUCCAUUGGCUCCAACCAGGCCACGCUGGGUACCACGGAGCCUCAUCCAUGACUACUGCAUUCCUAAUACUCUUGGUGCUCUCUAGUCAUUGGUUUGCAUGCUUCUAGCACAUACCUGUGUCUUUUAUUGAUUUCUUUUAGAUCCUUCAUGGUCAAUCAGAGUAUUCGGGUCAGGCCGUUGUAUUUUAAUGUUCAUGUCAAUUGCCUUUUUUUGAUGUUGUCUUUUGUCUUCAAUGCCACUCGUUUGCCUUCUCAUCUCCUCCUAUUUAAUUUGAUGUAUAUUUGUUUCAUCAUCUGUGGAUCAUGAUAUUUAACCCUUUCAAUCAACUUGUGAAUGUGAUUUCCUUUUCCCCCACGUUUCUAUGGGCGCAUCGGAAGUAGAGGAUUCUUGAAAUGCAGCUAAAUGCACCUUUGGACACAUUGUUGUAUUGUUUUUAGUGUGAAUUUGUUUGGGGAUUCUUUUUUGCACUUGUGAUUAUGGUUUGUUUUUUUUAGGGUAAAUCGUAUUCAGGUCUCAGAUAAUGUGUUGUUCUUUGUAAAUAGUCUGUUCUCAUGAAGCAGAGCGACCUUAAAUUAUAAUUAUGUCUUAUUUCUUCUUGGUGAACUUUGUAUAUGUGAAACUGUACGGAUCAGGGACAGUUUAGGGAAGGGCAGAAAGGGCAUUUCUGAGGGCAAAAAUAAAACCCCUAUAUUGUGUCCGUUUAUAUAGAUUGAGGGCUCGGAGACUUGGGCUUUUCUGAUUUUUAUAUUUUUUUUUUAAUUCCCUGCAAGACUGCGUUGCCCAGCUACCAAUCUUCUCUAACUCCUCCCCGCCUCCCCUAAAGUUAGGUUGUGAGAUUACCUCCUAGUGCCAGUCAGGAACUGGAUAUAGUCAGACAAUACACCGCACCACAGGCUAACGCACCAGAUGUCCCUGCACAGCCAACCAACCUGCUGCUUCCAUAUCCAUGCCUGGAAGACACCCAUUCCCACCCAUUCCCUCUUGUACCAUUAAAUGAAGGGAGCGAUUUACAUACUGGAGAUAGGAUUGUAUUGGUUUUAAUUACUGUUUUGUAGGAGGAAACUGCUGUUGUUUAGUACUCAUUAAACAGUAAGGAAUUUGCACCAGAAGUCAUUUUGCCUUUCAGGGAGCCAGCUGCUGAUGAAUUAUAACUCCCAUCAUCCUUUGCCAGCUAAUGAAUGAUAAGUUAGUUCCCAUGGCCAGCCCUGAUACUUGGGUCAGAGUGGGAGCUAGAAGGAAUCUGCAUGGGGAUUCCAGCAGAGCUGAACAUUGGGAUGCAGGGCCUCUUGACUUGUGGUUUAUGGGUACAAAUUGGGCAUUGGACAUUUUGGAGGACAAAAGUAAAGCGGUGCAAGUCAUUUGCUGCCUGAGGCAUAAAGCAAGGUGCCACUACAGUUAAACAUUAUUUAGGCAAUGUAAUGGGCUGCAGUCUAGAGAGGGGUGUUACACUCAUACAAUGGACUUUCUUUGUUCAGAUCUGUCAGUGUUCUCAUGCUGGAUGGUCAGGCCCUUUGGAAAGCAAGUGGUAAUAUAAGGAAUGCUCUGGGCUUCUCUUGCUUUGGUCUGUGUAGCUCACAAUACUUCCCCCUCGGCCGCCAACUAGCAAUAGCUUGAAACAUAGAUUUGUCCGAUGUUCAGUUUGCCAAAAAGAAAAUUAUUCUUUCUGCUCAUUGUGACAGUGAGUAUAUAAGGAAUGGCUUAGCUCAAGCCGCUAUGUAUAACAGGAUUAAGUCUCUGUACUGCUGUAACUUUCCUUCUCAGUAGGCCCAGCUAGGCUGCCUUUACCUGCAGCAAUGGGACACUGAUAAAAUGUAGGUAAUGGGGCAGCAAGAGAAUUGUAUUAAUAGAAAGUUUCCUUUUAGAUAGAUAUAUAUGUAUAUUUAAACAAGCAGUUGGCUCAGACAAUGUAGUAUUCUCUCCCUGUGUAUAAGUUCUGGCCAGGGGGUUGCUAAUUGUCGCUCCUUGUUUCUAAAUUAGGGGCUAAUUGAAUUCUCCAGUUAUUAAUGGGCCACCAUAGUGUAGCGUGUGGCAAGCUGUAAGUAGCGCUGUCUGUAUAGGAGCAGUCUUGUUCUGUAUAAGAAACGCGGGUCAUUGAGAUUUCCCUGUGGUCCAUUCCUUCUAUUAUAAUCUUUGUAAAGAGAUAUGAAUGCCUGAAUUGCUCCCCUUGCUGACUACUGCUGACAUAUCAUGCGAUUUCUUUCUUCUUUUCUUUUUUUUUUUUUUUUAAAUCCUGGAAAUAUUUGUGAAAUUUUUUGAGAUUAUCAACUGAAUUUAAUUAAAAUUAUUUAAAAGUC